AUGAAUAUACACAGCACGUCCGCUGCACUGCCGCUGCAGCAGCCAGACCCCGCCCCCAGGCACCGCCGCACCUCGUCGCGCAACACGUCCAUCUCGUCGUCGUCGGUCGUCACCGUCAAGCGAGCAGCCUCACUGUCGCUCAGGGACACGCCGCCGAACCCCGAACCCCCCAAACCCCACACCGACCACCAGCGGGCCACACCGCCUCCAGCCGCCAGACGACGCUCCAGCGCAGCCAACCAGCUCGCCGAUGGUGCCAUUGGCCAAUUCCGCGACGGCGCUGCAAACAUCAAUCGCUGGUCGCAGAGCACCACCAGCAGCCGCUCGUCGCAGCCGCGGGAGAAAGACCGCGAGACGGGCGCCCCCCAGCCCAUCAACACCGCCCGCAAGCUGAGUCUCUCGAGCAGCGCGCUCCUCCAUGGAGCUGCGGCACAUCCUGCAUCGCCCUCACGCCUCAACAACACCCCAGUGCGCUCGCCCAAUUCGAGCCCCCGCCGCGUGCGUCCACGCUCGCCCGCAUACGGCCCUCCCGCAACCUCAGCAGCGCCGCCCCAGCUGCCUUCACUGCCGCCGAUCCUGCUCCCCGCCACCGUCUACGACCCCAACACCCCGACCAGCGCCUCGACGAACAACUCCCCCUCGACAGCUGGCCUCUUCACCCCUAGUGUGUUCGGCACCAGCCAGCCCAGGGAUUACUUCAAUUCGAAACCCCUAGCUCCCCCGCCCUCCAACCAACGACCGCCGUCUCGCAGCAAGGCCGAGCGCGUGCUGGGAAAGUCGCCCUUGGGCUCGCCCGCCAUCAUCGGAUUUCAAGAGGGGGACGCAAGGCACGACGCCCCGCCCGGUGCAGCUCGGCCCUCGACCACCCGCCGCCCGUCAGUGCCCACUUCAAGGAGCACCGUGCAGAAACCACCCCAAAGUGCGGGGCACCGGCAGGCUGCCUCUCGCGACCACACCAGGAACACGAGCAGGGACCAUCACGGAACCGCGACCCGCGACCACGGCCGGAGCACGAGCAAAGACCACCACCGAAGCGAGAGCAGCACAAGCGCCAGGUUGGAGGACAACGUCCAGGGCACCCCUCCCCGUUCGCGGGAGAAGAGGGAGAGGGACAAGAAGACGAUGCUGUCAAGAGCCCUGCAGAAGGCGAACACUGCAGUGCUGCUCGACAAUGCACAAAAUUUCGAGGGCGCCAUGGAGGCGUACGAGGAUGCGUGCAAGUUGCUGCAGCAGGUCAUGAUCCGCAGUUCUCAGGAGGAGGACCGGCGGAAAUUGGAUGCCAUUAAGCAGCGAGUAACAUACAACAAUCGCAUCGAGGAGCUGCGCCGAUUGGACCCUGGUUACUCAAACGGCAAUGGAAAGUCGCUCCCAGCUCGUCCGAUGAGCGGUGACUCGCUGGAUGAGCACCGAUCUAUGUUGCUCAUGGACGAUGAUGAUUCGGCCACAGUGCAGACAGCUUCGAUAGCGCGAAUUGUGAAUGAUCGUUCCGUAGACGAUCCGCCCUUCAGGGCCGAUCCGGAGCCGCCUCCGACACAACAGCUUCCUCUACGCAAGCCUGAAUCCGGAUCAAGAGAUUCAGUCAUUUCCACAGCUAUCAGAGAUGUACAGAGAGGUUUGCACAGCUCGCAGUUCAACCUGCAACCGCCGCCCGGGCGCAUGGCAACCCCAACACAGUCUCUGCGGGCUCCUGGGCUGGAACAGCCAAUGGACACGACAUACAUGCCUCCGCCUCUGUCGCCCAACAGGUCCAGAUCACCACUUCUCACCGGCAACAGGAUGUCGGAGCUGGGAGAACAGAACAUGUUACAGCCAGAGCAGACCGCAGAGUCAAAUCACCAGCGGGUGCACAGUAGCGAGUCGACAUCUUGGCUAGACACGAUUGACGAGUCUGGUGGUUCAUCGUGUUCAUCUUCUGUGCACUCACUAUCCCUCGACGGGGUGCGCCGGAAGCACAUCAGGAGCACAAGCGGAGCUACAGAAGCCGAAUUUGAUGCGGCAUUGGACGCGGCGGUUGAAGCCGCUUAUGACGAAGGAUACGAACCAUACGAUGACGAAGAACCAGCAGAUAUCAUUGCCACGAAACUAAAGAAUGUGGAACUGGCAAAGGAAAGAGUACGAGAAGCAGAACGAGAAGAGGCUAUAGCUGCAGCCAAGUACCGCUACAAAGAGACCCAGCUCCGAAACGAAGCGUUGCCGCACGUCAGGGAAAGUGCAGAUGUCGGGUUUAGCGAAGAGGCAGAAGAGGAGGAACGGCUGUUAGAUGAAAUGACUGAAUACAUGCUUGACGGCUUCGACUUUGACCUGCAAACAAAGUCCUCGCUGCCGCGGCAGUCAGAUUCGAGUGGCUUUUCUGGAAGCACAUACGGCAGUUCCGUGUCCUCGCACAGGACGACGGGUGGAACGUCACUGUCUACCGUUGCAGAGGUGUUACAGCCCAGAGGCCCUAAACCACCACCGGUACACUCGCCACCUGCUGUUCCCGCGCCUUCGGUCCCCGCUGGUCCACACACAGAGAAGCCACCGGUCCCAUUAAAGGACUCGCCACUCACUAUUCCCACUCAGCCCAAGUCUGCAGCUGCAGCCACGUUUGGUACACUCAGUCAUGCCGUGUCCGUCGAAACUGGCCUUGUGCCUGGAUCACCAAGGACUGGUAAAACUUCGGCAAUGGGCAUCAGGAAGAACAAGUCGUCGCUCAGUCUGAAGCAGCGCACGUUAUCGAUAUCGAGCCCAGAUGGUUCCGACGGGUCGAUUGGUACACCCCUGAGUCAAACAUUUUCACUUACUGGACACAAGCAGGGUGGUAUCGACCUCCCAUUGCCGACGCCCAGUAUCCCCACAUUCAACGUUGAUGGACUACCAAGUGGCGGCAUGCAUCUGUUUGAGAGCGACAUACAUUCGCCUUUCUCGCCAGGAUCACCAAGUCCAGCAGUGACUAACGCACCAAUACCGUUGGAACCAUGUCCAGACUCGUAUUUACUACGGCCGUUCUGGCUCAUGCGCUGCUUCUACCAAACUAUUGCACAUCCGCGAGGUGGCUACCUGUCCACCAAGCUGUUUAUCCCACGCGAUGUGUGGCGAGUGAAGGGUGUCAAGUUAAAGAACGUUGAAGACAAGAUUGCAAACUGCGAUUUGCUAACAGCAGCACUGCAAAAGCUGGCGGCUGCUGACACCUUGGAUGCGGAUGCCAUGCUCGAAGAGAUGCAGGCACUAGAGUUGGUCCUUGAUCAAGUGCAGACCGUAUUAGCAAAAAAGCUCGGCAACGAAGUCGGCGUGCACAGCGUGUCAACUCUCUUCAAAGACGCCUCCACCGUAGGCGAAGGAGCAUCCAUGGAAGGUAUCAGCCGAGUCGGUACCCUUGACCAGUCCGCGAAGAGCGCCAUCUCCCAGAGCAAAUCGUACCUCACCUCGUGGCGCAAACUCCGCUCCAAGAACUCUGGCAUAAACCUCGCCAGCAUGGCCAGCACAAGCGCAAGGAGCGAGGUCCCCAAGGACUCGCUCGUCAUGAACACUCUGCCCAUGACUAGCCUGCACACCAUCAGAUUCGCCAAACGCGACAUUUCCGGUUUGGUUUUCGAGGGCCCUAAUUCGGGGUACAUGAGCAGCUUGGCGCGCUUGUUUGAUGCAGCUCAAAUACUGGAUCAAAUCGCCCGCCAAGUCGAAGACCCGGGCCUCAAGCACUCGUCUUCCACGCACGUCGGCCUCGAACUCUCAGCCCGCCAUGCCGCAGAGUUCUUCGGCUUCUACGUUUGCCGCUUCGUGCUGACUGAUGUGACCAUGAUGCUGGACAAGUUCAUCAAGCGGGGAAGCGAGUGGGUGCUCGUCUAGCCCUGCCCGUCACCUCCCUGAUGUUGUACUUUUGUAAUGUAUGAAUUGUAAUGAGAGUCCGAAACAAAGCCUUUUUUCCACUCUCAUUACAAAGUAUUCUACGUACAUGCUUUUCCUUCUUACUUUCUUUCCUUUUUUCUUCUUUGGUCUGGCAUUGCGGCGUUGGUCAUGGAAACACUACAUCAUGCGGCGUUGUGUUUGCAUAGUCGAUGGCUUGGCUUGGCUUGGUCGCGCUUGGUUUUCUGUUUCACUGUCUAAAGAUAUCCCUCCAUAUAUGGCAAAUCAAAGGCCCGAGUCAUACUUUCCCG